GAGUCAAAUUAAAAUCCACCUUGUGUCUUUACAAGUUCAGAUCUCUCUCUCUCUCUCCCCCAACUUAGACAUCACAAAGCAAAGAAUCACCCUCCAAUCUCUCUCUCUCUCUCAUGGCAGAAACAGAAAACACAUUAGAAGGGUCAGUAGAGAACAUACUAGAGCAAGACACCCUCAAGUGGAUAUUCGUAGGAGGCAAAGGGGGUGUUGGCAAGACAACAUGUAGCUCAAUCAUAUCUAUUCUUCUCUCCAGGGUCAGGUCCUCUGUUUUGAUUAUCUCUACUGACCCUGCUCAUAAUCUCAGUGAUGCCUUUCAACAGAGAUUUACUAAAACCCCUUCUCUUGUUAAUGGCUUCACCAAUUUAUAUGCCAUGGAGGUAGAUCCCACUGUGGAGCAUGAGGACGCAGUGGGUACUGAUGGGAUGGAUGGUUUUAUAUCUGACUUAUCAAAUGCCAUUCCUGGUAUUGAUGAGGCUAUGAGCUUUGCUGAGAUGCUGAAAUUGGUGCAAACAAUGGACUACUCUGUUAUAGUGUUUGAUACAGCUCCCACUGGGCAUACACUUCGGCUUUUGCAAUUUCCUUCAACAUUGGAAAAAGGUCUUGGGAAAAUUAUGAGCUUGAAGAAUAAAUUUGGAGGGAUGUUGGGUCAGAUGACUCGUCUCUUCGGCCUUGGUGAUGAAUUCGGUGAGGAUGCAAUCCUAGGAAAGAUUGAGGGUAUGAAGGAUAUAAUUGAACAAGUGAACAAACAAUUUAAGGAUCCAGAUAUGACAACUUUUGUUUGCGUAUGCAUCCCGGAGUUCCUCUCCCUAUAUGAAACAGAAAGACUGGUGCAGGAACUCAAUAAAUUUGAGAUAGAUACACAUAAUAUUAUCAUCAAUCAAGUACUUUUUGAUGACGAAGUUGUUGAAUCGAAGUUGCUCAAAGCUAGAAUGAAGAUGCAACAAAAGUACCUUGAUCAGUUCUACAUGUUAUACGAAGACUUCCAUAUCACUAAGUUGCCUUUGCGGCCAGAAGAGGUUUGUGGAGUUGAAGCUCUGACUGAUUUUUCUAAGAAUUUUUUAACGCCACACAAACCUGCCAUCACCCGGGGUACCAUAGAAGAGCUGGAACUGAAAAUAUCAACUCUGGCACAGCAGUUGAAAGAUGCUGAAGCCGAACUAGAAAGACUAAGGAAAGGGAAAACAAAGGCAUGAUUAGCAUGAAAGUCACCUCCAUCUUUUCAUGCACCGAUAAACAUAGUUUGCAGAAAAUUAGCUUUCCCCGGAUUGCGGAAGAUGUAUAAUUUGUUUCAGUUAUGAGGAAUAAUUUUUAUUAAAAGGCAAAGCUUUUAUACAAUUUAGAUUACACAAUAAUUUGAGUUUGCUUAUGGUCAAUAGAAUGGUAUAAUGUUAGUCA